GGAAGAAAGUGAGUGAGGCACAAGGAGGAGGAGCCGGGAGAAAGUGAGUGCGGGAACAGGACAGGUCAGGGUAGUCUGAGGAGAGAAAGGAAGGAAGGAGAGAGCUGAAGGAAGCCUGGGGGCCAUGCUCUUGGCCGGAACAUGAGGCGGUUCUAGGCGAGGCCCAGAGAGGCAGCUUCGCUGCAGCCGAGCAUGAGCGCGGGCAGAGGCACGGAGAGCUCGGAGGCCGCAGGACGGGAGCCCAGCUGGAAGCCGCUGUGGGGCGGCUCGCCGCAGUACGACCUGGUCUGCUUUGAGCAGCGCUCCCGCCUCGGGCUGCCGCUGGAGGCCGGCGACGACCUGCACUCCUUGGAGAACUCCCUCAGCUACCCACAGCUCUAUGGCCAAUACACAGAACAGAUAACUGACUUUGCUGAGAAGGAAGAUGCAAAAAUACUGAAUAGGAAGCAGGCCCAGAAGAACAAUGGACGACCCUUGAAACGUGAGAGUCAAGUGGAGAUCAAGAAGGAACACUAUUCCAAAUGCCAAGACUGUGCCCGGCGCAUCCAGAAGUACGUUACGAAGAAGCUGGGAGAGGACUGGAUCUUCUUGGUUCUCUUGGGUCUGGUCAUGGCGUUGGUGAGCUGGGGAGUGGAUUAUGCCAGUGCGAAGAGCCUACAGGCCUUCAAGUGGAUGUACAGAAAGGUGCACCCGAGCAUUCCCCUGCAGUACCUCGUGUGGGUCUCUUUCCCACUUGCUCUUAUUCUGUUUGCAGCCCUCGUCUGCCACAUCAUCUCUCCACAGGCUGUUGGAUCUGGGAUCCCAGAGCUCAAGACCAUUAUGAGGGGAGUCGUCCUUAAGGAAUAUCUCACACCCAAGGCUUUUGUGGCCAAAGUUGUGGCCCUCACAGCUGGGCUUGGAAGUGGCAUGCCUGUGGGGAAAGAGGGCCCUUUUGUGCACAUUGCCAGCAUCUGUGCUGCAGUGCUCAGCAAGUUCAUGUCAAUCUUCUGUGGCGUCUAUGAGCAGCCAUACUAUUACACAGAUGUCCUGACCGUGGGUUGCGCUGUGGGGGUCGGCUGCUGCUUUGGGACACCACUUGGAGGGGUCCUUUUCAGCAUCGAGGUCACGUCCACUUACUUCGCUGUCCGCAAUUACUGGAGAGGUUUCUUUGCAGCUACCUUUAGUGCUUUCGUUUUCCGAGUCCUUGCAGUUUGGAACAAAGAUGCAGAUACCAUCACAGCCCUCUUCAGGACAAACUUUCGCAUGGAUUUCCCCUUUGAUCUGCAGGAGCUGCCAGCCUUUGCUAUAAUAGGGAUUUGUUCUGGAUUGCUUGGAGCGUUUUUUGUUUAUUUCAAUCGCCAGGUGGUUCUCUGCAUCCGCCGUCACGCAGCGCUCAGCCAGUUCCUCACCAAACACCGUCUCAUUUACCCUGGAGUUAUAACCUUCCUUAUAGCGAGUCUGACCUUUCCUCCUGGAUUCGGGCAGUUCAUGGCAGGAGAGUUGAUGCCACGGGAAGCCAUCAGCACUCUCUUUGAUAACUAUACCUGGGCAAAAUACACAGGGGACACUAAGAUCCUGGGGAAAUCUGCUGCCUGGAUCCAUCCUAAAGUCAGUGUCUUCGUUGUCAUCCUGCUCUUCUUCCUUGUGAAGUUCUUCGUGUCUGCCAUUGCUACCACGAUGCCUAUCCCCUGUGGAGGCUUCAUGCCUGUUUUUGUUAUCGGUGCUGCAUUCGGGCGCCUCAUUGGGGAAAUGAUGGCAUCGCUUUUUCCCGAUGGGAUCCUCUUUGAUGGAAUCCUUUAUCAGAUCUUACCUGGGGGCUACGCUGUCAUUGGUGCAGCAGCUUUGACAGGAGCAGUGAGCCACACUGUCUCCACUGCUGUGAUCUGCUUUGAGCUGACAGGGCAGAUCUCUCACAUCCUCCCCAUGAUGGUGGCUGUCAUUCUUGCCAACAUGGUGGCCCAGAGUCUGCAGCCCAGCCUCUAUGAUAGCAUUAUCCAAGUGAAGAAGUUGCCUUACCUGCCAGACCUGGGCUGGAAUCACAUAAGCAAAUACAAUAUCUUUGUUGAGGAUAUUAUGGUCCAGGAUGUGAAAUUUGUCUCCUCCAACUGUAAAUACCGAGACUUGCAAACUCUACUCCAAAGCACCACUGCUAAGGCUUUGCCUUUGGUGGACUCGCCAGAGACCAUGAUCCUGCUGGGGUCUGUGGAGCGCUCUGAGCUGCAGGCUCUCCUCCAGAAACAUCUUAGCCCAGAACGCCGACGGCUCCACACCAGAGAAAUGCAGCACAAGGCUGAGGCAGCUGACGAUGGGCACAGCAAUGGACUGUGGGCAGCUCUGCCAAAGCUGAAGCAUGAAUCUUUUGCUUAUGUUGAUGAGGAUGAGGAUACAGAUGAGAAGGGAGAGCUGCCUCAGCCCUUGAGUCCCACUCCUAGUUAUCCAGAGGAGCACAAUGGCCUGGCAAGUCCUCUUAAACAAAUGCCUGAAACUUUGGAGCCACAGCAACUCCAAGGCAAUUUCAGGAGUCUGAGGCAACUGAUCCAGCAGCUCUUACGCCGUUACAACCAUCCACAUGACACAGAGAAUGCUGUCCAGGAACCAAUGGAAGUCAUUGACACAAUGAGGCCAGAAGAGAUAGAUGCCUGGGAGCAGCAGGAGCUGGGCAAGAAUGUGUGCUUUGACAGCUGUCGCAUAGACCCUUGCCCUUUUCAGCUGGUGGAGGGAACUUCCCUGCACAAGACACAUACAUUGUUCUCCUUGCUGGGCCUCAGCCGUGCCUAUGUCACCAGCAUGGGGAAGCUGAGGGGAGUGUUGGCUUUGGAAGAGCUCCAGAAGGCUAUAGAAGGCUCCACGCGUGCCGGGGUCCGCCUGCGCCCGCCCCUGGCCAGUUUCCGCGACACGCAGCGGCCCUCGGUCGGCACCGCCAGCGGCCGGCGGGAGGCGCGGCCAUGGAGCCAGCAGGACGACGGCCUGCCGGCAGCACCGCAGGCAGCAGACCCGGGCACAGAGAGCCCACUGCCCGCCUGCCUGCACGCCCCCCUGCCCUCAGAGAGCCCACUGCCCGCCUGCCUGCACGCCCCCCUGCCCUCACACUUCCCGGAAGAGGGGGAAGUCCUGGCUUCUGCUUACACCACUGAUACGGAGUUGGAAGAGAUGGAGCUGACAGGGCCAGCUGCUGAAAACAUCUCGGACAUCCUGAAGGACAUAAGCCUACACUCCACUGACCUGAGUGAGGAUGAGGAUGUCCCCUUAUAGCUGGCAUGAAGGGAGCAGUCCAUCAGCUGAGCCAGCCUUCUUGUGUUUGCACCUCAGAAGAGAAGCUUUUGGAUGCUCCUUGUGAUCCCUGCAGAGGACUGAUGCAGGGGAAGGGGCUCCAGACUCAGCCAUUCUUCUGGUUGUCUUCUGCCCAGGGGGCAGCCUUUGGCUGUUGGACUGCAUGGGGGUGUGCAGGAGUCAAAUACAGACUGCAAGGGGGCUAAGGACAGGCUCAUAGUGCUUAGGCUCUGCCAUGUCUGCAGAACAUGGCAGAAGGGAUUGUAGCAGGAUGUGAACACUGCUGGACGCAAUCAGGCUGCUCUGGGUCAACCUGCCACAUGGAAGGCAGAGGGGGAGCAGCUCUUCCAGCUCCCCAUUGGUGUCACCCUUCCAGGCACACCUGGUCUGCGUGCACCACUGUAAACACAGCCAGACCUCCAGCACAGAAGCAUACUGCUGCAGCAUACCCUGUUGCUGCAGCUCCUUUUCUCUAGCUCUUAUCUUGCAUCCUCCCCAAACAUUCCCAUGCAGAAUCCCUACUCUGGGAUCUUCCUGGAUGGGGGUGCAGUUAGGAGCUUCUCUUCUACCCUUUAGCUGAGCCAUGCCCUUGAAACAGAUGGAAGGAAAGUAUCUGGUCUGUCUCACAUCUUGAAUUCUACCAGGGCUCUAAGAAAAGCACUGGAAGGCAGGAAAGCCUCUUGGCUUUCCCAGCAUCUGCAGCACUUUUAAAGGGUAUGGGAAGAGCUUAAGAGGCAUGUUCAGUGUUGGAGGAAGAGGAGUAAAGCAGCACGUAGGCACCUGCACUUCACAUACCUGUGUCUGUCUCGCUCAGUCCUUGUUCAGAAUUUUUACAAAAUGUUAAAGUCUUAAAAUAGAAGAGCUCAGAAAGCAAAAGGAGGAGGGAGUGCUGGCAGGCUGCCAAGGAACACAGCCGAGGGAAGCCGCAUUUGCUACACUUUGAGAAGAGGAUUCUCUCUGAAAACUGCUCUUUCCUGGCAGUUCUACCCUGCCUGCUGCCCACAUCUUUCUGCAUACCUCAGAUCUGAGAAUUCCAGCUCCCACUUUGGCCAACUUGUCUCCACUGUGGCUAACAGCAGAGACCCCAAGCCUUGUCUGCAGCAUCACUCUCUAGGUCUAAAUCUGGGGCAGAUCUUGAUCUGUACCUUGCAAAAAGGUAUCUUGUCAUUUCUUACCAUGCAUGCCAAACCUUAGCAUCCAAGCCUGAGAUGCUGCUGUGUUCUACUCACUGUCCUUGUGAGGUUUUUCUCAGUAAACAGGCAAACCCAAAUCUCUGUAUUCUGCAGCCUCUCUCUGCCUUUCUACAUCUCUUUCUGUCAUAUUUUUGUUGUGUCAUGGCACUUCAAUGCACUUCCAAACAGUAUAUCCAACGUGUUUCCAUUUAUUAGCAACAGAAAAUAAAUCCAGGCUCUGAAAAUGUGUUCCUGGGGGUACUCUCCCAGCUGCUGGACCAUGUCCCCUUUCCUGCUCUUAGUGAGGCAUUAUCUAACCUAGAGGGCCCAGUUUUGCCCCACCAGGUACUUAGUUUCAUAAACUGUAGCAGGAGCAAGUACAAAUUAUCA